AUGACACAAAACUACAGUGUAUUUUAGACAAGUUAGUUAACUUAGGAUGAUGUGAAAGCUUAUCAUCGGCUGGAUCACUUCUAAGAUCCUAAGGAAGUUGAGCGGCUAGCUGCUAUCUACAAAGAAUAAUUACUCAUCUAGAAAAAAUUAGAGAUGGACCCACUACCUCCAGAAACAUGGCAUGACUACAAAAAUCAGAAAUUCCUAUAAGAUGUGUUUAAUGAAUUGUCAGACGACUCUGAAGAUGACUAUGGAAGAAAAAUCUACAGAGAGGAUAGAGACCCUGAAAUGCCAAAGUUAAUUUAGAAAUGGAAUGAGUUGGAAUUAAAAUUCUAAGAAAAGCGGAAAAAAAUAAUUGAGGAAAAUAGGGAGAGAAAGAAAAAAGGUCUAAAAGAACUGAAAGUACCAAAUGAAAAUGACUUCAAGGCUGAUAUAGAAGUUAUCUAAGUAGAGUAAUUAUUUUUAGUGGACGAUUCUUAUAGGUCAAAAAUUGAAUCGAGAGAAGAGAUUUUCUACAGAAUACAAGAAGACAACAUGCAGUCAGUAUUUAAAAUUGGCAGAAACCAUGAUCCCAGCGUUGAUGGGCCAAAGCCAUACAUCGUUAAUUAAUUAAAUGUUGCGCCUCAUAAUUAUUCAUUAACAUUUGAUAUGAGAGUAGAAAUGGCGAUCUUAGCAAUGAGAGAACGUAGAAGAUACAAUUAAGUGAGGAGACUUCGUUUAGAUAUACCUAUGAGUUAUGCAAGAAUAAAAAAAUUCACAAUCCUACCAAGACCAAUUUAAGAAGAGUUGAUUAAGUAUCCUUCAAGUGUGAUUGAGGACUCAGACUUUGAGGAUGACGAUAUCAUACGAAAUAAAUAUUAAAGCGACCCAGUGAAAUACAUCUGCUAGAAUAGUUAGUACAAAAGAGAAAAGUUAGAAGCAGGUGGAAAGCCUAAUAGAAUCUGGGCAGCGAGAGAAAAAUCAGGAGACAUUAAAUAUACUGAUAUUGCAACUGAAAUAUUAAUUCAAGCAAUUGAUUAAGGUCUAUCUGACAAUGGUGUUAAAAGAGGAAUAACCAAAGAAAAGCUCGAUGGCACCUAUCAGAGGCCAGCGCAUUUAACUAAAGAGUAUCUUGCGAACAUGCGUGACGAAUACUUGGUAGAGUAUAUUAAAAAGUUCUAUGAUAUCUAUGGAGACCAGAUGUUUAUUCAGCAGCCCAAGACAAGAGAUAGACUGCUUGAAAUGCUUAAGGGUAAACGAGUAAUGCUGAGGAAAUACCCAGAAAUAAUAUUGGCAAUGUAUAGAAAUGAACCAGAGAAUAUCCCUGAAGAUCUUUAAGUGGAAUAAAACAUCCAUAAGAGUAUUGUCAUUGAACAGUAUGAAGGCCACUUAAGCAAAAGAUAGUCUUUAUAUGAGAAUUAGGAUUAAUCAGCUGGCAUAUAUCAACAAAUAAUUGGUGAGAAUAGUGAGAUUGAAAUUAAAUAAGAAUAGCAGAAUGUUCCAGAAGUUAUUUAGGAAUAAUAAAAUAAAGUAUCGGUUUCGGCGUUUCAAUCAGAUUCUUAUGACUCAGAAGUAGAAAGAUAAAAAAAAUGGGAAAGGUUAAGAAAAAUAGAAAAUAAGUCAAUGAUAACAGAAGUCAUCUACAAUCCUACACAGGAGUAAAUAGAUGAAUAUACAAAAGCUCUUGAAGCACAGCUAUAAAAGUUUCGAGAAUAAUAGUAAAGAGAAGAGUAAGAAGAAAAACUAGAAAAGUCAAUGAGACCAGAACCUUAUCCCUAUAUAAAAAUGAACAAAGAAUAAGAGAAUAUAGGUAUAGUUGUAGAUAAGAUAUUUAGAAAUAGCUCAUCUGGGGGUUCAAGUGAUGCUAGUAUCAGAUUUGAUCGUAAAUUUCAGAAAAAGGAGUCAAAGAGCAUUUAUGAUCCCACUCACAUAGAAAGAAGAUUUGAUGGUUAAUAAGUACUAUUAGAGAGCUAAUAUUGGUACAGCUUAUAAAACUAUAUUGUAAAUCGAUGCAAUGAUCUCGGAAUUAAUCAGUUGAAACAAAUAAUACCUGAGAAGGACUUUAGAAAGUUAUCUAGAAGAGAAUAAACUAAUUAACUUUAAUGGGAUGAGCUAGGAUCAUCAGCUGAAGAAUCUGAUAAUUCCUAUAAGUAAGCAGAGUUUAAUCAUCCUCUGCUCAGAGCAAAAUAAAGAAUGAUGAAUUAGGAACUAGUUCCCAUUAAACUUACCAGAAAAGAGCGUAAACAUCGGGAAAUGAUAAAUAUAGAUGGUUAAAUGAUUAGAUGGGGAGACUUUUUAUAAAGAGUCAUGGAAGAAAAUAUGAAGAAUACAAAGAGUGGUCAAUAGAUCAAAGACAGAUAAUUUGUAAUGUAUUAAGAUGAUCCAGAAAGGGAGAAACUACUGAAAUGGAAUUAUUAUUAAGGAUUUGAUUCUGAAAACUCAGAGGAUGAAGGAGUUGCUUAUAGGAGAACUUUGAAGAAAUACCUCAAAUAAAUCGCAAAUAAGCAUGGGGAUAAAGUUUAUUUGAGAUAACGAGAUAUUUUACCUUUUGAGAGGGCAAUGCUGAAAUUCGGGGGAACUGAAAUAAUCAAGUAAGCUACAGGGAAAAAAUUUGCAACAAAUGAUAUCAAUAUUGUAUAUGAAUGGGUCGACCCUAAUAGUUAAUUGUUCGAGGAGAGACCUAAUUUCUUGAUUUAAAGUACUUUGAAGAAAUGUCAUGAAGUCUAUGAGGAUGAAAAAUUAAUGUAAGAAAAGGUAAUUGCGCUAAAUGGUAGGAUUGAGUGGAGGAAUUAACUUUUCGCAAAUGAGUUCCUUAGUCUCUAUGAAUUAUUUGUUCUUACCACUUAAGAUAAAGAACUAAAGUUUCCUUAAGAGAUAGAAUAAGCUUUACCUAAGUCAAAAAGAGAAUACAUGGAAAACAUUAAUUUUCAACUAUUUGGUACUCCGCCUGCUUCUCCAAGAAAGCUCUCCAGCAUUAGUGAUGAAUCAAUUAAAUAAGAAGAAGACUUGCAUAUUAAUGAUAAUUAAUCUUUUGAAUAAGAAAAAAUAAACACACCUGAUAAUGAAUACUAGGCGGAUGCUGGCUAAAACUUUGAAGAUUAUUAAGAUUAAUAGGUGAGUGAUUAUGAAUAAUAUGAUAAGAAAGAAAAAUUGUCAGAAGAGAAGUAAUACUCUAAAUAAAGACAAUUCUAAAAAGUAGAGCCAUAAGUUGUAUAGAUCGAGUAACCUAAAUUUGUCUUUCCUGAUAAUUAAGGGCCAGACUAUAAGGAACUUUAAAAGAAUUUGUUUUCUUUCAAAGAAUCAAAAUUAGUUAAUGAUGAUAGAGAGAUUUAGCAUUUAAUUCAAGAACAAAAAUCCAUUGACCCAAAGAGCAUAGAAAAUGUUCUUAUUCCUAAACUAGAGUAAUUAGUCUUAGAAUCAAACGGAAGACUAGAAGGUAUUUUUAUCUGGCCUCAUUACAGAGCAGGUGGGUAAGAUAUGAUAUAUCCAGAUGGGAGAAGGUAUCCGAAGAGACUGAAACUGUAUAACCCAAAACCAGAAGAUAAAGUCAUAUAUCUUGCUGGUAUAGAUGUGGGCUACUUAAUUUCAGGAGUGCCGUAUUUACAUCCUCAAACUUGGAAAGGCCCAGGAAUUCCUCUAACAGCUAAGAAAAAUUCAUAAUAUGCAUAAUUACUAUCUCAGAAUUUGGAGAGAGUUAAAGGAGAUCAAGCUGCUAGGACUUAAAGUUAACCGAAGCAACUAUAAAGAUAAACUGCACCUAAUAGAUAAAAUUAAGGUAGAUAAAAUAAUAAAAAAAGAAAAGCAGGCGAGGCUCUUAAUUUAGGAGCAGGCAUGGGGGAUGCUCAUAAAGAUGAUGCGAUGUUUCAAAUAGAAAAAGUGCUUCCUUUCAUGCGCUUCAAGCAUGAUGAAAAGAACAGCGAAUAUCAUCCCUUUGAAAUACUUUCAAUCGAUAAAAACUAUAAUGAUGACAAAUCAUAUAGGAUUAAUUUAGCUUUGAAGCCAGAUCUUUUCCUGGAAGUUAAACAGUAGUUAAAAUAGGUGGAUCUUAUCAAUGUUAAUAAGGUAAAAAAUCAGCUAAUGGUGAGAUAUAGAGCUCCAUUUCAGCCAAAAGAUAGAGAAACUAGCAUAUACGUAAAUGAUAGUUUAAAAUUAGGACCUAGAAGUAAUUGGAGUCUUAUUAAUGAGGGUGAUAGAUCGAUGGAGAUAUCAUUCAUUUUCCUUAAGUAAUGA